CCGUCUGGUCUCGCCAGACAUUCGGAGCCGAUCGAUCAUCUCCAUCUCCGUUUCCGCGAAUCAUCUCGCCGAAUCCGCGUACACGUGACCGUGACCGCUCCACGUGCCCGAUUCCGUCGACGUGUCGUCGGGAUAACGAACCUCGUCGAGGUGAUAGAAGCUUGUCAAUCCUGUUCGUCUUCAGUAACGACCUUUCGACCGUGACAAUAGUCCGCCCACUUGAGACGCAAUUACUCCGCUAGUGGCGUUGUUCCAUUUUAUUAUUUAUAGACGGCAGGUGUGAUUACAUUUAUUUCUUGAAGAACUGGAUAAGAUUAAUCUCAGGGAUUUGAGAUGAGCUGAAAUCCAACUAAAUCUUGUUUUUUUUUUCAAACUAUUAAAAGAAUCAUCGUUAUUUAUAGACAACUCGUCUAUAAAUCUUCAUCUUCGUCUUCAUUCGAACAUUAUUACAUAAACGCAAUCGAGAAUUGAUUGACUCAAUAAAUCCAGAUCUCUCUCGAAGCUCCACUUAUUGUCAGAUAAAUGAGUAUCGAAAUAGGCAUCUCUCUUUGUCUAUGGAUCGGUUUAUUAUUUCAUUUUCCGAAGUAUUCGGAUUACACGACUGCUCUCAUCUUCUUUGUUUCUAAAGCAUCGCUGGAAUUCUUGGAAUGUCAAUAAAAGAAUAAAAUAUAAUUUCGAUAUUCUUUGCUUAAUUCUUCCAAUAUUAACUUUCGUCAUCAGUAGGCGAUUUUGUAUUCGAUCGUAUUUGCAAAUAUUCUUUUAUCAUAAGUUUCAGACGUUUCUCAUUAUUUUUUGAUCCCCACUGUAUUGUAGGUAUUUCAUAUUACGGAGCCAAGUGUCCAUAUUUUCUUUGCGAUUACGUACGCGAGAUACGCUAUUUCCUUGGGCGAUCACGGUCGCGAGAUCGAGAAAGGAAAGACGCGUUGUGUGGAGGCGUUGCAUGUUAUUUGAUCUUCGGAAAUUAACUACAGCUGCCUUCUGGAGUGGGAUUAAGGUGUCGUUUGGUCCAGCUAGAACGAGUCGCGCUAGUUCUGCUCUAAUUUGAGGUUUAUUUUUAUCUCAAGCGACCAGAGUGAAGUCAGAGCACAACAUACGGCGUGGCGGAUUCAGUUCGCGUGUGAUUUACAGAGAAUCUGGACGGAGGCGGCGGUUAUCGUUAUCGAUAACGUGCGGCGUACAUUUUUGGCGUGACAAUCUUUUCGCUUGUUUACACUCUCGGAUCAUCAUCGAGAAAGUGCCGGCGUGAGAUUCUUGAAAACGCGCAAAAAUGGCGGAUGUGAUGAGGCCGGUCUCACCGAUUUCACCGGUUCGUCUGGCGACGAUUCAACGUCAUGCACGGUGGGAGCAAUACGUUAAUGCUCUACUGGCGGACCUGCAGAACACCGUGUCGACGGAAGGAAAUCACGUCGGCGGUAAUGCGACACCCGGUUACGGAUCGCUGAACGGCGCACGCACCCACGUGACCACCGGGUACAGAUCUUACGACAAUCGGACCUCGCCGUUGCCGCCGCAAUCGCCGACUUAUCAGAAUCGCGAGGCGAUAGAAGAAACCAUCGGUAAAACCGGAAGCGCGUCUUACACCCAGUCCAUCACCGGCAGCAAGAUGCCCUCCCUCAAUAACAAUCUUUCCGAACUGGACACCCUCCUGCAAGAUCUGAGCAAUGCACGCUAUAAUGCUCACUAUCAAGAAAGAGACAGUCGCGUGUCUACAGCGGGGAUUAACGGAGGUGCGACCAGCCCCAUGCUCCGUUCCCCAAGUAGCCUGUCAGCCUCCCGACCCACCGUCGAUUCGUUGCUCGAAGAGCUAAGCACCGCCGUGCCUAAUGGAGACUACCCCGCUGACGGAAAAGUGAGGGUCACCAUACAGGAGACGUCGACGGAGAUACAGCCGGUAUACGACGGCUAUCCCUCUAGUCAGCACGGAUCGCUGAGUCGAACCGAGAUCCAGAGGAGUUACCCUAACGGUCAUACCGCAAGUAACGCCACCAAGGAGCUGGACGACCUAAUGGCUUCGCUUUCCGAGUUCAAGAUCAACAGCGGCACCCACCAGCACCAGACGGUGACCGACUCCCCGUACGCGAAGCCCAACAAGGCCACCAAGAGCUCGCAGAGCCCGCUGCCCGCUGCCGAGGGCACACAGACCCGCGUGCACAUCACCGAGACUCAUACCACUCAUCUCUAUCAGCCGCAGCAUCCGGGAGAGAGCCAGUUCAUCAAACAGAAUCAGUUGGAUUCUAUGCUCGGCAAUCUCCAGGCCGACAUGAGCCGCCAAGGUGUCAACACGACUCAGAAGGGAUGCUGCAACGCCUGCGAGAAGCCCAUCGUGGGCCAGGUGAUAACGGCCCUGGGCAAGACGUGGCAUCCGGAACACUUCACGUGCACCCAUUGCAACCAGGAGUUGGGCACGCGAAACUUCUUCGAGCGAGAGGGCCAUCCUUAUUGCGAGACGGAUUAUCACAAUCUGUUCUCGCCCCGCUGCGCUUACUGCAACGGGCCCAUUCUCGAUAAAUGCGUGACUGCUCUGGAGAAGACCUGGCACACCGAGCACUUCUUCUGCGCCCAGUGCGGCAAGCAGUUCGGCGAGGAAGGCUUCCACGAGCGGGACGGCAAGCCGUACUGUCGCGAGGAUUACUUCGACAUGUUCGCGCCGAAAUGCGGCGGCUGCAAUCGCGCCAUUAUGGAGAAUUACAUAUCCGCGCUCAACAGCCAGUGGCAUCCGGACUGCUUCGUCUGCAGGGAUUGCAGACAAAAGUUUCAGGGAGGCUCUUUCUUCGAUCAUGAAGGAUUGCCAUAUUGCGAGACACAUUACCACGCUAAGAGAGGAUCCUUAUGCGCAGGAUGUCACAAACCCAUUACCGGUCGCUGCAUAACAGCGAUGUUCCGGAAAUUCCAUCCCGAGCACUUCGUGUGCGCGUUUUGUCUGAAGCAACUGAACAAAGGCACAUUCAAGGAACAAAAUGACAAGCCAUACUGCCACGGUUGCUUCGACAAGCUCUUCGGAUAAAUAACUCAUUAUCUUCGAAAUAUAUAUUUUGUAAUAUAAUAACGAAAUGAGAGAUUUCGCUCUCUCUCUCUCUUUCCGUGACGUUUUACUACUCUUGACGAAAUAGGUACAUAUUAAGAUAUAUACUUACUUGCUUUGAUUGUCUAUAUAAAAGCGCGAAACAAAGCUCACAAUGCCUGAAAUAGUCUUUUAGAGAGUUUUCAUUUUUUUAUAAAUAUUGACCUUCGGAUAGUGCAAUCGAGAGAAUAGAAUGUCAAUUGUUAAAGAUUAUCGUAAAGAAAUUAGAAAAACUCCGCAGACUGCCCUUUUUAAUGAAGAUUGACGAAUUCAGUCAAUUUUCUUUCAGAGAAAAAAGGAGAUCGAAGUACAUUUUAAGAUUAUUAUAUCGGAAAAUAAUAUAAGCGAAUAAAAUCAUGUUCUUCAGUUAACGCCGUUCAAUAGAAAUUUACUUUAGGAAUGUCAAAAUACUUCACAUUAAAAUGAAAAAAAGAUCACGACGAAUCUUUUUUUCUAUAAAAUUUUCAUUGAAAGAAAAACGGAAUUUCGUCCGAGGAUUCAUAGACACGGCAAAACGUGCAAUAGAAAGUUCACGUCUCUUGUUAAAUUGCGUGUUUAAAUUGAUAAAUUGCGAAUUACUCAGUUUAAGUCUAUUGUGUCGUUUAAAGAUUAAUGAAAAGGGUGCUAUAUAAUAGUUUAUCAUUACUAAUAUGUAUCGAUAGUAUAUUUAGUAGAUAUAUAUUACCCGUUCGAGCAAGUAUUUGUACAACAUCGGUCCUUUGCCGCCAAAUAUUUGCCUGAUGAAAGCUCUUCCCACGCAGUGUUUUAAAAUUUCAUAUAUUUAUAAAAUAUUUAUAUAGAAUCACUCGUAUAGAGUAAUCAGUUUUAACGAAUAUUACCGCAUUAAAAGUUUACAAGUUUCAAAGACGCCCACUGUAUCGAAUUAUACAUGUGAGAAAGAAAAUAAUAGAGGGAAUUAGGAAAAAAGAGAAGGAACGAGUUCGCAUAAUUGUAUGACGCUGCAUCGAAUAAAUAAGACGAUAAAUAGGCCA